ACUUCCGCGAUAAUCCUCCGUCCACUUGAGCGAUACCCUCCGGCGAGUAGCGACAUAAACUCUUCUUCGACUAGAUUCAACCCCCCACCAAGAACGGAACAGUCCAUCACCUGUCGAGAAUAUUAAAAUAUGGAAAGAAUAUUAGCAUUGGAUGGUAGGCAGCAAGCUAAUUCAACAGAUCAAGCACUACUUCAAGUAAGACCCAUUGUAUUGUCUGGAAAUUUUGAUACCAAGAUGGAAGUUUGUUCCAACACUGGAACAUCUUCUCCCAAAGACAAUCGGCAUGCUUCCAAAGAAUCUGAAUACAACGACGGUUCCGCUGAUGAAGUUCCAGACAGUAAUGAGAGAUUGAGUGCAAAUUAUUACAAUAUAGAGAGAACCUCUGAAUUGGAUGGUGGGGAACAAACAAAUCCAACAGAUCAAGAGCUACUCAUUGAUGGUUCGGUUGAUGAAGUUCCAGACAACAAUGAGAGAAUGAGUGCGAAAUAUUACAAUCUGGAAAGAAUGCCUGUGUUGGAUGGUGGGCAGCAGACUAAUUCAACAGAUCAAGAACUACAUGUAAGACCCAAUGCAAUGUCUGAAAUAUUUUUUACUCAGCUGGACGGCAGUUGUAACACCAGAAGAGUUUCUCUGAAAGACAACCUGCAUGUCUCGAGAGAAUCCCAAUCCAACGAUGGUUUGGUCGAUGCACUUACAAACACCAGUGAGAGAAUGAGUGCCAGUGCGCCAACAUCAUCUGCCAGCCCAUCUAACCAUGAUCUCUAUGAAACUCCAUCAGAAAAUCACUACAGUCACUGGGAAAUGGGCAAAAACAUGUCCAUUGUAUUCCAUCCUGAUCUCAUCUAUUAUAGGGAAGCUUACUAUACAGACUGUCUGGUGAAUUUUCGUAAUAAUUGCAUUGAAGUUGAAGGUUCAGCUGUAUGUGGGGAUUCAGGGACUUUUAGUACUCAGUUUGCUAUUGAUGACAUCAACCAGAUUCAGCUAGAGCAUUGUGCCAGAGUUGAUUCUGGUCAGUUCAAGAUUCGUGUUAUUCCAAGAUGUUCAGAACAAUCUGAAACUGAUCAUGAAACAUCAGAAAUAGAGGAGGUGCAAUUCUUUGUUCAUGAUCCUGACCUCAGCGAGAAAUGUGAAGCAAUAAGAUCUUUAAAUGAGUAUGAGGCUGUUUGGAAUUCCAUCUCUGUGGUGAAUGGCCAUUGUGAGGGUGUGAAAAGUGACAAGUUCGAAGCAUCAUCUAAAAUAUACUUUCCCAGUUGUGAUGAGUCAUUUGAAGAAGUUAUUUAUCCUAAAGGAGAUUCUGAUGCUGUUUCUAUUAGUAAGAGGGAUUUUGAUCUUUUACAACCCGAUACAUUUGUCAAUGACACAAUUAUUGACUUCUACAUUAUGUAUUUAAAGAACAAAAUUCAGCCAGAGAAAAGGCACAGAUACCACUUCUUCAACAGUUUCUUUUUUAGGAAGUUGGCUGACCUUGACAAAGAUCCAUCUAAUGCUUUUGAUGGCAAGGCAGCUUUUUUACGCGUUCGAAAAUGGACAAGGAAGGUGAACUUAUUUGAAAAGGAUUUUGUGUUCAUUCCUGUAAAUUACAAUUUACAUUGGAGUCUAAUUGUUAUUUGUCACCCUGGUGAAGUGGCGAAUUUGGAAGCUGAUAAUUUAAGAAAGUUGUCCAGAGUACCAUGCAUAUUGCACAUGGAUUCCUUGCGAGGGAGUCAUACUGGCCUCAAAGAUUUAUUCCAGAGUUACCUAUGGGAAGAAUGGAAAGAGAGGCUAAAGGAGUUCUGUCAAGACGUCUCCCCAAAAUUUCUAAAUUUGAGAUUUGUUUCCCUUGAGGUGCCACAACAGCAAAACCUUUGUGACUGUGGCCUUUUCUUGCUCCACUAUGUGGAGUGCUUCUUGGAGGAAGAUCCUGCUGAUAUUAAUCCAUUCAGUAUAACAAAGAGCAGCCAUUUUCUAAGCAGAGAUUGGUUUCACUAUGAUGAGCCAUACUGCAAGCGGAGUCAUAUCCAGAGAUUGAUCCAUGAUCUCCUACCCACGAGUCCUUGUGAAAAUUCACCUUCUGGUGAGAGUGAGGCAUGCGUACCAUUUAACCCAAAUGAUAUACAACUCUCAUCUCAUCCGUUUGGCAGUCCUAAAAGUUAUCAAAAGGAUUUACGGUGCCACCAAACUAGUCAGGGUUAUGACAUCAAUGGGCUCUCUGCUUCGUUGUCUAUGUUGGAUAAACAAUGUGAAAGCAUUUCACCAUUGGUGUUGGGGGAUUCUUCUUAUGAGACUGAAGCGGAUUUGCAGGCACGGCUUGAUAUGCACUUCGGUUUUAUUUCAGUGCCUUUCGGCGAGGACAAGAUGCCUUCAAUUCAGGAAGUGGAGGAAGGUGGUGGAGCAUUUGUGUAUGUCCCUACUUCCAAUGGAACUGGAGUAGCAGACCCUGGAAGAGCUGUUGCUUCCGAAGCUUUUGAGUUUCCUUACUCUUCUAGAGAUGAUGAUGAUGAUGUCACACCAGCGACUUCUUGGAAGAAAAAUGUUUCAUCAAUCGAUGAUGAGAAGAAUGAAUUGGAAGCCACAGUUGAUGGAAAGUGUGAAGCCAUUGAAAAGGAGAGGACUUCAGACCAUCCAUCAUCCACUCUACCCAGAGACACCAAGUGCUAUUUUACCGAUUCUGUCCCAUCGGCUGCUUGUAACAACACAGUGUCAGAUAUAGCAGAGCCGCGGUGCGCCACAGCUGAUGCUCCACCUCAUGUUCAAAAUGGUGCAGGAAAUUCAUUGACCCAGAACUCAUCGGAGUUGACUCGGGUUAGCUUUGUAUGUGAUGAUGCAGAGCAACCACCUGCAAAAAGGAUUCGGCAAAUGAGUCCUGAGGAGAGGGAAGUUGACCUAAAAGCCCUUUCAGAAGAUCUGCAUCUUUGAUGAUGAUAGCACUGUAUAACGGGGGGGAGGGGUUAUGUACUUUUCUUUGUCUAUUUGAAAUAUUUAGCGCCCAGCGGUUGGCUCUUUUUGUGUUCUAUUCAGUCAUUUUGUUCUGUUGAAAUGCAUACUAAAGAAACUCUAUGGAACUUCAGCUUAGUAUAAGUACAUUGUUGUAGAGAUUAUAUAUCGACCGACAUUAAUGGUUAGGUAUGCAUUGGUCUAAAAAAGACUCACCGUUGAA